UCGACGUAUUCGGAAUUGUUUUCGAAGGCUAGCACGAAAGCCCGAGACGACGUCGAGGAGAGCAAAAGGAAGAAGAGGGAUGGAGGUUGGAAGAGCAAGACGAGGAUGCUAAAAAAGGGUAUCUCGUGCCGGGUACUUGGUACCUGGCUAGCUGCUGAUGAAGCUACAGCACGAGCAUGUACAAGAAUCAAGUAAGCCGGAGCAGCUCGUCAACCGAUGAUGGCGAGAAUAAGGAGAGAAGAGAAGGUCAAGGGGCAAGAAAACGGGAAAAAGCAAAAAGCAACAAAAGAAGCUCAAGGUUCAAGAAAAAGGCGAGGACGAAAGAGAAAUAUCCAGACGCUCAACGGUUUAAGGCAAAAGACAAGGCACAGGCUGGCUCACACAAGCACAGGCGAUCAGGAUUAGGCACAAGCCCACACAAGCACAAGCACAAGGAAGCACAAGCACAACCUAGCACAAGAACAAGAUAGAACAAGAACAAGCUCCCCGGCCGUGGCCAAUUUUAGGGAAGAGUCGCCGCCAGACCCC